UAUUUGGUAAGAUGCAGUCACUAGUAAAGUGUCUGCUGAAUAUGUUUCAUUAGCAGUUUUUGCUACCUGUCUUUGUGUCCUCUUGAGACUGACGUGUCUUAUCUCCAUCACUCAUUAUCACACCACUGUGUGUGUGUAUGUGUGUGCGCGCGCGCGCGAUUGUGUGUUAUGUGUGAGCGUCUCUACAGGACAGACACUCGUGCCGGUGCAGAGAAGCAGGACAGAUAAAUAAAUCAAAUGCAGCCCAUUCAGAGCUGCUCAAUGCCGGAAGGACCUGCUGGAGUCUUAGGACUCCAUAAACCUCCAGUCCAAGCCCUGCUUGGAAAACCCUGCAAACUGCCCGUGUCAUCAAACUGCCAGAUGGGCACAACUGGAAAGCCACCAAUGUUGGAACAGACCCCGGUGCCGCAAACAAACCCAGGCGUUAAGGAGAGAGCCAGACCAGAGUCAACAUCACAGUCCACAAACUACAUCAGCAUCAGUCGACCCAGGCCAACAGCACUGGGAACUAAAGCAUCAAUCAAAGUCUCAAGACCAACUGAGCCUUUACUGCAGGUUAAAGCUACAGGAAUGGCCAAUUUGCUGUCAAUCUCCCCAACUGAAUCACCAUUGCCUUAUUGCAACUCUCAAAAACCAACGAGCCCCACUUCUCAACUCGGAUUCAAUCCACCAUCCAUUCCACCAACACUUCCAAGCCCUCCAGCACAGCCCAUCCGUGCAAACACACUAAAUAACCUAAUGCCCAAACCAGUCUCUAACUCAAACCCCAGCCCUCCACCUAACCCUGUUCAUCAGCUGAUCCAAAGUCAAGACGUACCCAAUGCAGGAGACACAACUGACAAAAAACUGAACAAGGCUAUCAACGAAGAGGGGGAUUUCAGAGUGCACAUUGUCACAUGGAAUGUAGGCUCUGGUAUGCCACCUGAUGACAUCACGUCCUUGUUUGGUCCUGGCAUUGAAAAUGGAAGCACUGACAUGUUUGUCGUGGGACUGCAGGAAGUGAACUCCAUGAUAAACAAGAGGCUCAAAGAUGCUCUCUUCACAGACCAGUGGAGUGAGCUCUGCAUGGACACACUCAGUCGAUUUGGAUAUGUGUUGGUGGCUUCUCAAAGGAUGCAGGGGGUGUUUUUGCUGGUGUUUUCCAAAUUCUGCCACCUUCCCUUUCUCAGAGGAGUACAAACCCAAAGCACACGCACCGGCCUGGGAGGAUACUGGGGGAAUAAAGGAGGUGUAAGUGCACGCAUGAUGGUUUUCGGACACCCCGUGUGUUUCCUAAACUGCCACCUGCCGGCUCACAUGAGAAACCUGGAGCAGCGCAUGGAGGAUUUUGAGAGCAUCCUUCAGCAGCAGCAGUUUGAAGGCAGCAAUGCUGUUGGCGUCCUGGACCAUGAUGUGGUGUUCUGGUUUGGAGAUCUGAACUUCCGGAUUGAAGGUUAUGAUAUUCAUGUGGUGAAAAGUGCUAUUGAGAAUGACAAACUGCCUCUAUUGUGGGAGAAAGAUCAGCUCAACAUGGCCAAAAAGAGUGAAUCCGUCCUGGAGGGGUUUAUAGAAGGACCUCUCAAGUUUCCACCAACAUAUAAGUUUGAUGUUGGGACACACACUUAUGACACGAGUGCUAAAAAGAGGAAGCCUGCGUGGACAGAUCGGAUCUUGUGGCGUCUGCGUAGGACAGGCUCCCCCGUCCCAUCCCAUAAUUCAGCUCUGCAGCGUGGUUUGACCUCAUGGCUUGGCGGAGCCACCAGAGUCUCUCAGCACUUCUACUGCAGUCACAUGGGCUUCACUAUUAGUGAUCACAAGCCAGUGUCUGCUCUUUUCUCUUUGCACUUUCCCUUUAAGGUGACCUUGCCAUUAGUGACACUGGAAGUGGAGAAAGAAUGGACCAAGUUCUCUGAUGCAACAGUCAAACUCACAAUGGCACAUGGCUUUCAGAGGAGUUCAUGGGACUGGGUGGGCCUGUACAAGGUGGGAUUCAAACAUCACAAGGAUUAUGCUGCUUAUGUAUGGGCCAAAUCCGAGCAUUCCACCCAGGUGGUAUUUUCAGAGGAGGAUCUGCCAAGAGACCCGGGGGAAUAUAUUUUGGGAUAUUACAGUAACAACAUGAACAGCAUUGCAGGA